AAAACACCCAAAAAGAGAAAUAGAUAUUUUCCAAAAAAAAUUCUGUCUUUCUAUCUUCCUUCCGUUCAUCUAGUGGAUUCAUAAAAACAAAAACAAAUGAAUCAAAAUCAAAAAUCAAAAUCAAUCCCUAAACAAAUGAUCCGAAAAAUUCUACCUCGAUUUGAUUAAAUAACAUCACAAUAAACAAAACAAAAAAAAGCUUCAUUCUUUGUGAGAUCUCCUCCAAAUCAAAUCUGAAAGUAUUGUUUUCAUGAAACAUCCCGAUCCUUGCAACCACUUAUCUGAUUACAAGCUUAGACACGGCACCGAUGGUUACAAAUCGUUACAGAACAUGUUCACACCCCUCAACGACGGACGAAUCAAGAUCAAACUCCAAGAAACAACCAGAUGCAGCCACUGCUCUGUUCCUCAUCACCACAGCAGCAAGAGACUCUACAUCUGCUUGAUCUGCCAAACCGUAUCUUGCUCAAGCCACCUCCUUUCUCACGCCCGAUCCAACAAAGGCCACGAUCUAGCAGUCGACGUCGAAAGAUCCGAGCUUUACUGCUCCUCGUGCGUAGAUCAGGUCUACGACCCCGACUUCGACGGCCUCCUCGUGUCCAAACAGGUUCUUGGUUCUCUCAGCGUUGCUGUUGCUAGUGAUGGCGCUGGCGGUUGUGGUGUUAGAUCGAGCAAGAAGAGGAGGUUGUUGGCGGACUCGCAGUUCCUUGUGGAUCGGAGGGAGAAGUGGUCUUACCCAUUGGGCCUGAGAGGUUUGAACAACUUGGGGAGCACUUGUUUCAUGAACGCUGUUCUGCAGGCGCUAGUUCACGCGCCUCCGUUGAGGAACUUUUGGCUGAGCGGGCAGCAUAAUCGCGAUCUUUGUCCUAGGAGAUCGAUGGGUUUGCUUUGUUUGCCUUGUGAUCUCGACGUUAUUUUCUCAGCUAUGUUCUCGGGUGAUCGGACUCCUUAUAGUCCUGCUCAUUUGCUUUACAGCUGGUGGCAGCACUCGACGAAUCUAGCUACUUAUGAGCAGCAAGACUCUCACGAGUUCUUUAUUUCGUUACUUGAUUGUAUUCAUGAGAAUGAAGGGAAGUCUAAGUGUUUGUAUAAAGAUCAUGAAGAGUGUCAGUGUAUUACACACAGAGCAUUCUCUGGUCUAUUAAGAUCUGAUGUCACGUGCACAACGUGCGGAUCCACCUCGACGACUUACGACCCAUUCAUCGACAUUUCGCUUACUUUGGAUUCGGCGAAAGGGACCAAGAGCAGGAACAGUGGUGAGCCAAGCGUGAACUCGCCGAUGAUGCCUACGCUCUCCGGGUGCUUAGACCUCUUCACGCGGUCGGAGAAGCUAGGUCCUGACCAGAAGCUGAACUGCCGAAGCUGCGGAGUCAAGAGAGAGUCAUCGAAGCAAAUGUCCAUAAGAAGACUCCCUCCGCUCCUCUGCCUGCACGUGAAGCGUUUCGAGCACUCGCUCACCCGCAAAGCCUCGAGGAAAAUCGACAGCUACUUGCAGUAUCCCUUCCGUCUGAACAUGUCUCCUUACCUCUCUUCCUCCAUCAUCGGGAAGAGGUUCGGGAACAGGGUGUUUGCGUUUGACGGAGAAGGCGAGCAUGAUGGUUCUGAGUUUGAGAUCUUUGCGGUUGUGACUCACUCGGGGAUGUUGGCGUCUGGUCACUACGUGACUUACCUGAGGCUUAAGGGGUUGUGGUAUAGGUGCGACGACGCGUGGAUCAAUGAGGUUGAAGAGGAGGUGGUGAGAGGGUGCGAGUGUUAUAUGCUGUUCUAUGCGCAGGAGAGAGUGGUUCAGAAGGCUCAUAAGGAGUUGAGUUAUCAAGUUAUCUCCAUGGCUGAUGCUUUUCCCUUUGUUGAUUGCUGACUCUCAUCUUUUUUUUUUUUUUAACUUGGCCAAAGAUUUUGAUGCAUUUUUUUUUUAACCUUAAAUACUUUUUUUUAUUGAUUGAAGGUUUAUGCAAAAUAUUUGGAAGCCAAGUUUAAUGAUGAUUUUUUCUUCACAAUA